AUGAGGUGUAAGGUUGCCAUUUGCCUGGUGCUCUUUCUAUUAACCGAUGCUCUACCGCCACCUCAACAAGCGGAACUUUAUAAAGAUGACAACGGUAAUUAUAAAAUAAACUACAGCGUAGAAACUGAUAAAGGAGUGAUUUCUGUUAGACAGCAUCACCGUAACUUGGAUGCUGCUGCUGAUGAUUCUUCUAAAUUACCUUCCGAUAUUGUAGAAACGGACCCUCUUCCCCCCGUAAAAAAGUAUUAUCCGGCAAAAAGCAAGCUAAAUCGUCCUCCCCGACCAAUAGAAUCCGACCCUCCUCCAACGGAAGAUCUUCCACCACCUCCACCUCCACAUCCUCCAAGAUAUCCUUCAUACAGAUCUAAAUAUAUACCUCCGCCGCGUUAUAGCUCCUAUAGAUCUAAACCUCUGCCACCUCCUGAAGAUUCGAUCGAUCCAAAUCCUCCUAAGUAUACAUACGGAUCUAGACUACAUCCUCGAAAAGCAGCUCCUCCUCCUCCUCCUCCGGAAGAGCUGCCGCCUCCUCCCCUUGAAGACGAUUUGCCUCCUCCUCCAUCAGAUUCUUCCAAUUAUCUUCCUCCUCGAGAUGCAGAUGACUAUAGAGAAAGAAAUCCUAUAAGGAAGAAUAAUGUAUUCGCUGUUAUCGUUCUCCUCGUCCUCCCUACUUGGAUCGAUGCAGGUGGACCCGGCGGAGGAGGGGGAUACGGAGGCGGUAGAGGAGGUGGAGGCUUUGGUGGUGGUGGUGGCCCAGGUGGCUAUUCUGGAGGUGGUAAAAGAGGCGGAGGCGGAGGAGGUGGUGCCGGAGGAUAUGGUGGUGGAGGAAGAGGAAGCUUUGGUGGCCAGGGAGGUUACAGUGGUGGCGGACAAGCCACUGGAUUCGGUGGCGGACAAGGAGGUUACGGUGGAGGAGGAAGAGGUGGCGGCGGCGGUGGAGCUGGAGGAUACGGAGGAGGUGGUAGAGGCGGUGGUGCCGGAGGAUACGGAGGCGGAGGAGCUGGAGGAUUCGGAGGUGGUGGUGCUGGAGGAUACGGAGGUGGUGGUUUUCCACCCCAACCUUACCAGUUCGGUUACGACGUUAAAGAUGAAUUUGGAAACACUCAUUACCGUCAAGAACAAGGCGAUGAAUCCGGAGCCGUUAAAGGAUCAUAUGGCUACACUGAUGCAAAUGGUGUCUACAGGCAUGUUGAAUACCGUGCAGAUGCUAAUGGUUUUACGGCAACAGUGAAAACUAACGAACCAGGAGUGGGAGAUAAAAGCCCAGCAGAUGCUACAUUUAUUGUCGAGCCACCUCCAGCAGGAAUCCAAGAUAAAUAUUCAGGUGGAGGAGCAGGCGGAUAUGGAGGAGCAGGAUCCGGAGCUGGUGGCUACGGAGGUGGUGGAGCUGGAGGUUACGGUGGCGGUGGAGCCGGAGGACGUGGAGGUGGAGCAGGCGGUUAUGGUGGUGGAGGAGCCGGAGGACGUGGAGGUGGUGGCUACGGAGGAGGAGGAUUCGGUGGCGGUGGUGCCGGAGGUCAAGGUGGAUACGGCGGUGGAGGAUUCGGAGGUGGUGGUGCCGGUGGCUACAAAGGUAUUCGCUGUUAUCGUUCUCCUCGUCCUCCCUACUUGGAUCGAUGCAGGUGGACCCGGUGGAGGAGGGGGAUACGGAGGCGAGGGGGAUACGGAGGGGGAAAAGGCGGUUACGGAGGAGGAGGACACAGUGGUGGCCACGGCGGUUAUGGAGGAGGGGGAUACGGAGGCGGUAGAGGAGGUGGAGGCUUUGGUGGUGGUGGUGGCCCAGGUGGCUAUUCUGGAGGUGGUAAAAGAGGCGGAGGCGGAGGAGGUGGUGCCGGAGGAUAUGGUGGUGGAGGAAGAGGAAGCUUUGGUGGCCAGGGAGGUUACAGUGGUGGCGGACAAGCCACUGGAUUCGGUGGCGGACAAGGAGGUUACGGUGGAGGAGGAAGAGGUGGCGGCGGCGGUGGAGCUGGAGGAUACGGAGGAGGUGGUAGAGGCGGUGGUGCCGGAGGAUACGGAGGCGGAGGAGCUGGAGGAUUCGGAGGUGGUGGUGCUGGAGGAUACGGAGGUGGUGGUUUUCCACCCCAACCUUACCAGUUCGGUUACGACGUUAAAGAUGAAUUUGGAAAUACUCAUUACCGUCAAGAACAAGGCGAUGAAUCCGGAGCCGUUAAAGGAUCAUAUGGCUACACUGAUGCAAAUGGUGUCUACAGGCAUGUUGAAUACCGUGCAGAUGCUAAUGGUUUUACGGCAACAGUGAAAACUAACGAACCAGGAGUGGGAGAUAAAAGCCCAGCAGAUGCUACAUUUAUUGUCGAGCCACCUCCAGCAGGAAUCCAAGAUAAAUAUUCAGGUGGAGGAGCAGGCGGAUAUGGAGGAGCAGGAUCCGGAGCUGGUGGCUACGGAGGUGGUGGAGCUGGAGGUUACGGUGGCGGUGGAGCCGGAGGACGUGGAGGUGGAGCAGGCGGAUUCGGUGGCGGUGGUGCCGGAGGUCAAGGUGGAUACGGCGGUGGAGGAUUCGGAGGUGGUGGUGCCGGUGGCUACAAAGGUGGCUUCGGAGGAGGAAGUGGAAAGAAAUCCAGCUACUAACAAAAAUUCGGAUUGUGAUAAAGACUUUAUAGGACGUCGCUUCAUCAAGUCAAGAGAACAAAGUUCCAAAAGUUGCUUGCGGUGUUCUGAAGUAAGGGGAAUAUUCUGUCAACGCACAGGUCGUUAAUUUGGUUUGUCAUCAACUUUAGUUUUGCCACUUUUUCGUGUAUUUUACUGUAGAUGCGACAGCUUUACGACGUUUU